AUGUCUUGCAGCUCAACAGCUGCAAGGGAACUUGCGACAAAGAAUGAAAAUUCGUCUGAAAACAUGGCCGAAUCCAAGGACUCAUUUCAAACAUGCCAUCUUAGAAAAAUUCAACGUGGUAUUAAAAAACCAACUAUUAAGACCAGAAGAGGAGCAACCAGAAAGGCUCCUCCCGGCUUUCGCCCUUUAAUCCCAUCAAAAUUUGGAGGUAGUUUUCGAUAUCCAACCUUGCUGGAGCAACAACUGCUUCCCAGGAUGAUCAAGGGUGAUGAUGCGCUUGCAGCUCUAUCAAAUGACAAAUCUAAAGGAGAUCAGCUAACAAUUUUCUAUGAUGGAGUUAUCAAUGUGUAUGACAAUGUUUCUGUUGAUAAGGCAAAGGCUAUCAUGCUUCUGGCAGGUGAAACUUCUGCAUCAGCUCCUGUUGUGAAAAAUGUACAAGAGCUUGAUGCAUCAAAAAAUUCCCAGAAAUCUUCACCAGUUUGCAAGUUACAACAAAAUCUUCCAAUUCCUACAAGGCGUUCUCUGGAGCUUUUUUUUAACAAACGACGAGACAGGUUGCCGAUUUGUUCAUCAUGA